ACGCGAUAUUCUCGAAGCUUCGCCUGACAAAUGAACAAAUGAAUGAACAAAUGAACAAUUCAGACCAGAAAGCAAGACAUCCAUUCGAUCCGUAAGGGUAAGACUCUUAUAUCAUUUACAAUGAUGCCCAUCCCAGACUACAUGACCCUAUUAAUUCUUAAUUCUGUGACCAAUUGCAAUACUUGACAUACUCCUACUACCAUCUGUCAAUACCUACAUACAUACAAUGUCAUACAUGCCUUCAUAGUAUUCAUUUAUCUACCGUACAUAUUCCAGCAAUACCGACAGCCUGAUAGACAAGCGUUCCUACCUGGCACCUAACCUAGCACACUAACUACCGACCCUACCUAAGGUAGUACACUACCUAUCGACCUACGUAUUCAAUCCAAUGAGCUUGAAGCAUCUAUAGUAAUCCCCUCUAGUACUACGUGGAUUGGUAAACCCCUUCCUUUGUAGUCCUCUGCUUUGCCGACAAAGAAGUCCUCGCUUCGACUCUUCGAGUUCUGUCACGUACGACAUACAUACACCCUAUUCUUCUACAUCACCCUACAUUGCGCCACGCUGCCCAAGGCGUCAACCACCUUAUCGCAUAUAGAGGUAGUGAAACCAAGGAAAUCUACACACCUAGGACCUACCUAGGACCUACUCGACCGAGUUUUGUUGCCAAAGACUAACAGAAACCAUGGCGAAGGAUGUAGAGAAGUCCAAGAAGCUAAAGGAGGAUGGGAAUCAACAUUUCUCGUCUGGCAACUAUUUAGGCGCCGAGAGCCUCUACUCGAAAGCCAUUAUAGCAGACGACGCCAACCCAUCCCUAUACACUAACCGCGCCAUGGCAAGAAUCCGACUCGAGCUGUACGACUCGGCUAUCUCGGACUGCAACACGUGCAUCAAGUUAACCGGGGGCAACCACCUUAAGGCUUACUUUAUCCUCUCACAGUGCCAGCUCGCUAUACACGACUACGACGCUGCCCUCGAGAGCGCCUUGCAGGCCCAUCGCCUAUGCGUCGAGACCAACGACAAAUCGUUAGCGCCUGUCACUGCCCAAGUCUUACGCUGCAAGAAAGACCGCUGGGACGAUAUGGAGAAGAAAAGGGCUCGCGAAGGACAGGAGCUUGAGAAAGAAGCCAUCGAACUCAUGGAACGCGAACGAGAUGACAUGGUCACUUCGUGCGAGAGUGAAUCCGACCGAAAAGAAAUAGCCCAGGAGUGGGAUCACAAGAUCACGAUGAUGCGCACGAUGUUUGAGAAGUCUAGGGAAGCCUCAGAAAAGAAGCGGCAAGUUCCAGACUGGGCCAUUGAUGACAUUAGUUUCUGCAUCAUGGUUGAUCCCGUAGUUACGAAGACUGGCAAGUCCUACGAGAGAGCAUCUAUUGUAGAACAUCUCCGGAGAUCGCCCACCGACCCUAUAACACGGGAACCACUAUAUAUCAGCGACCUGCGGCCGAAUCUACAACUUCGGGAGGCUUGUAAGGAAUUUCUCGAUGAAAACGGUUGGGCCGUAGACUGGUGAGCCAGGGGAAAUGCUUCACAGUAUCGACCAGAGUGUGUGAGAGCCCUCAAGCCGGUCAUACAUCAUGAUCAUGAGUUUCCCCGUGAUUCCAGUGACGCGGGCAAAAUUAAUAAUAAGGGAUGGCAUUCCAAGGAUGCGAAAGUAUGAUGUUAGCGCCGGCUUUGCAUGGAACGGCGUUUUCGGGCGCGUACAGGAGACUGGUUUAACAAGACACGGCGCGAGAGAACCCAAAGGGGAAUCGGAAUAGUCUUUUAAAAGAAUCUUGACGAGAAAUGAUGAUGCUCUUUGUAUUGCAAACACGAUCACCACUAUUAAUAGAUCGUAUGAUCUUAUAAUAUCAAAUACCUACCUUGGUACCAACCUAUGAAAUACAACAGUGAAGCUAUUUUUUGUUAGCGAUUUAUGUUACCAUAUUCGAGAUUA